AUACUUUAGAUUUUCUCGCUAAUAUAGUUCAUUCUUUAAAAUUACUAUAAUGAGCAAUAAUUUGAAUAUGAGGGCUCAUUAAAUACAUACUCUAUAGGUCUUGAGCGAUCCCGACAAUGGUCUAGCAGUACUUGUUUCGGCAAAAGGCGACAUUGCAGCAGUUGGAACUGAAGAAGAAGUUAGGAAUGUAAUAGGAGAAUACCCGGUGAUGAAGACGUUAGCGACAAAUGGAGGCAUACUUCUACCUGGAUUUGUCGAUGGCCACUCUCAUCCUGUCUUUGCCGGUGAUCGAGUCCAUGAAUUUGCUAUGAAACUUGCUGGAGCGACUUAUAUGGAGAUUGCCUAUGAGAUGCUGAAAAGUGGUACGACCACGCUUGAAGCCAAAAGUGGAUAUGGAUUGGACACGGAAAGCGAGCUAAAGGUAAUCCGACACUCUUUCACGUUCGAGAACCCUAAUAAUUAA